AUGGUAUACGAUAUCAAAUGGAUCAUACCGAAGCUCCGAAAUACGAGCAGCCUCUGGAACAUUGCGAGUAGCAUAACCUUCGUAGCAGUAGGGAUUUUCUCUAAAAUCAUUAUAGAAUGGCUGAACAGAACGACAGUAUACAACAAGCACAUCAUCAAUCAGGCAUUAGAGAAGCGACCGAGAAAUGUCCCGCUCAUCACCGUGUCAAAUCAUCACAGUUGCUUCGACGAUCCUGGCAUAUGGGCGACCCUGAACCUGAAGAGUCUGAUGAAUCGACGUAAGAUGAGGUGGUCGCUCGCGGCCCACGACAUUUGUUUCACAAACACCUGGCACUCGUACUUCUUUAUGCUGGGCAAAUGCAUUCCCGUGAUCAGAGGUGCCGGUGUGUAUCAGGAAGCUAUGGAUUUCUGCAUCGAAAAGUUGGCAGCUGUUAAUAUCCCACUGAUCUGUUGCAGAUUAAAGUGGGGUGUUGGAAGGUUGAUCUUGGAGUCACCGGUCACGCCGGUGGUGAUACCAAUAUAUCACCUUGGUAUGGACGAGGUUCUACCAAAUGAACCACCGUAUCGAUUGAAAAUCCGCAAAAAGGUCACCAUGAAUUACGGUGAGCCAAUAGAUUUUACCGAAUUAUUAGGAGAACUGCGUGCGUCGAAAGCAAGCGAAGUGGAAGCGAGGAAAGCCAUUACGGAUCGUAUUCAGGCAGAACUUUUAAAGUAAACUAUUAUUUUGAUCUCAGUCAUUUUUUUAUGUUUUACUCGUAAUGAUGACAAUCUUUGUAUCUUUAUGAUCCUCUUUUUUUUUUUCCAGACUGAAAGCGAUCACAGAAGAGCUUCACAGAAAUUCAUGA